AACAUGUCUGCUGUGUAAAAGGUCCAUUAAGUUCCCUUCACUGACAGAACAGUUUGUCCACAUGUGCUGCGUCUACAUCACAGUCAGACUCACAUCGGAGCGUCUGAAGAAGACUGACGAGUGAGAGUCCCGUCAGCCUUGGUCACAGAUGAGGGAGCAGCAGAAAUCCGUUGUCUCUCCGGUCUGUUGAUGGGGAAGUCUCUGAGUUGUCUCUGCUCCGGGUGAACAGAGGAACAGAGGCUGCACGAGUCCUCCAGGUCUGCAGAGCUGAACUCUCUGACAGAAAGGAAACAAUGAACCUGGACCAUGAUCCAGAGAGAAACAGAGAGGAUCCUGAGAGUCUCAGACAGGAUCCAGAGAGUCUCAGACUGGAGCAGCAGAGUCUUCAAUCCAGUCCAUACCAGGUUCAGGGUCUGAAUAAAGAUGAAGCUGAGCAUCAAAAACGUGAUCCAGAUCCACCUCAUGCCCGCUCGGAGGAACAGGAAGUGGACCAGAAUCCAGCAGGAAGUGCUUCAGUUUUCCACCAGGAUCUGGACCGAAACGAGCAUCACGGACACACCGGCCCCGACCAGGACCAAGGCCAGACACCAGCCAAUCAGGAGGCAGGAGGCAGCGUCCCGGCGCUGGUCAUCACUCAGGCUGAGGAGUCUCUGCGGCAGACCUCGGCGGCCCUGGCGGCCCCCCCUCCGAGCUGCAGCAGUGACGGAGGAGACAUGGCCUGCUCCGACCUGCUGUCUCUCAGGAGCGACUCCUUCUCUCUGACCAGCGAGCCUGCUGCCUCCAGGACCAGUGAAGAAGAUGAUAGCAGGAGCGUCACUACCUCUUCUGUCCUGUCUCUGUUCCACAGGGUUCCCCUGGACCCUCUGGAGAAACACUGGUGGAGGAGUUCAGCUCUAGGAAACAUGGCUGCUCAGCGUCAGCUGUUACUGCAGGACCCCGGCCUCGUGCUCAAGAAGGAUUUCGUCUCUACGGCGCUUCACUGGGCAGCCAAGCACGGCCGCCAGGAGGCGGUGGACAUGAUGCUCCGGUCCGGAGCCGACGUCAACGUCAGAUCGCACGGUUACACAGCUCUCCACCUCGCCUCCAUCCACGGGCACCAGCACAUCGUCCACGCCCUGAUCACCACUCACAAUGCUAAAACCAGCAUCAGAGAUUACCACGGGAAGACAGCUGUUCACUACUGGAGAGGCUGCAGAGAUGUCUUCAACAAGCCUCAGCCUCAGCCAGGUGGGAGUUCAUUUGUUGGAAGACGGACGCAACGUUACGCUCUGCCGUCUCUGCUGCUGACACGCCCCCACCUCAGGGUCAGCUGA